AUGGGUGGUAAAAAUUCUAGCCCUCCUCCUACUCCUCCUCCUCCUCGAGCUGUGCCUGCAGGCCGUGACAUUAGAAUUGUGAUGAUUGGAAAAACUGGAGCAGGUAAAAGUGCCACGGGAAACACCAUUCUGGGGAAAAACAUUUUUACAUCUAUUGAAAACGCUGCCUCCGUGACUGAGAGUUGUGUUAAAGAAAGAGUUCAUGCUAAUAGAUGGAUAUAUGUGGUGGACACACCAGGACUGUUAGACACUGGGAAGACUCCAGUGUAUAUCGAAGGAGAGAUAGUGAGGUGUCUUCAAGAGUCAGCCCCUGGUCCUCAUGCUUUCUUGCUGGUUGUGGAGGCAACGACAUGGAGAAAGGAGGAUCAGAAUACUGUGGACGAUCUGGAGAGGCUCUUUGGACCAGAGAUCUUCAAGUUCAUGAUUGUCCUCUUUACUCACGGUGAUAAACUUGGGGGUCAAACAAUUGAAACCUUUGUACGUGAUGGUGAUCUGCAAGUUCAAGCAAUUCUAGAACGCUGUUCUGGCAGAUUCCAUGUUUUCGACAAUACAAAAAGAAGUCACAACGAUAGAAAUCAUAGAGAUCAAGUUGUUGAUCUGGUCACUAUGAUUGACAAAAUGGUGGCAGUAGCUGGAGGAGGAUACUUCCAUCUUCCAAAAACAGAAUAG